AUGACCUCUUCCGGCUUCCCCCCGGACCACUUCACCUUCCCCGCCGUCCUCAAGGCCGCCGGCGCGAUCCAGGACCUGGAGAUAGGCAGGCAGCUCCACGCCGCGGCCGUCAAGUUCGGCUACCACACCCGACCCGUGACCGUCGCUAAUACCCUCAUCACAUUCUACGCCAAAUGCAGCGACAUCGACAGUGUCCGGAAGGUGUUCGAUAGAAUUCACGAUCGGGACCAGGUCUCAUGGAACUCGAUGAUCGGCGCGCUCUGCAUGUUCGAGGAGUGGGAUCUCGCCCUGAAUCUCUUCAGGUAUAUGAUGGAGGAGAGCGCAGAGGCACCAAGCUCCUUUACGCUCGUAAGCGUCGUGUCGGCGUGCUCGAAUCUGAGGAGGAGAGAUGGGCUGAGGAUGGGCAAGCAGGUUCACUGUUACGGACUGAGAACUGGUUUAUACUCUGGAGAAAAGACCUUUACGAAGAAUUCCUUGAUCUCUAUGUAUGCCAAGCUGGGCAGGGUGAAAGAUUCAAGCAUGCUGUUCGAGCAGUUCGACUGCCGCGACAUAGUGACAUGGAACACCAUGAUCAGCUCGCUCACGCAGAACGGCCAAUUCGAGGAGGCAGUACUUGUUUUCCGGCAGAUGUUGGGGUGUAGUCUCCGACCCGACGGCAUCACCAUGUCUAGUGUUCUUCCCGCAUGCUCCGGACUGGAGAAUUUCGACUGGGGGAGAGAGAUCCAUGCGCAUGUCAUGAGGAACGACGGUUUACGUCAGAAUUCCUUCGUCGGGAGUGCACUGGUGGACAUGUAUUGCAGCUGUGGUCGAGUGGAGCACGGUCGCCGGGUGUUCGAUAGGAUUCCAGAGCGAAGGCUCGGUCUUUGGAAUGCCAUGAUCUCUGGGUACGCCCAAAAUGAGCUCGAUGAGGAAGCUUUGUCGCUCUUCAUAGACAUGGAGAUGGAUGCAGGACUCACACCGAAUGCGACUACCAUUUCCAGUGUGCUUCCUGCUUGUGUGCGCUCGGCCAGUUUCCCGCGGAAGGAAGACAUCCAUGGAUAUGUGGUGAAGAGGGGCUUUGAAGGUGAUCGCUAUGUGCAAAAUGCCCUCUUGGACAUGUAUGCCAGAGCCGGCAUGUUGGCUAUUUCGGAGAAAAUCUUUAAGAGCAUGGAGGACAGAGAUGUUGUUUCUUGGAAUACGAUGAUCAUGGGCUAUGUCAUCAACGAGUCCUACGGUGAUGCUUUCAAUUUGCUCUGUGAGAUGCAAGGGGUGAGGGUGGCCGCCAUGGCUGAAGACCAGGAUGGUUCAAGCUACGGUGCCGACAAGCCCAAUUGUGUAACCUUGAUAACAGUUCUUCCAGCUUGUGCCCUUUUGGCGGCACUUGGAAAGGGCAAGGAGAUCCAUGCAUAUGCAAUCCGAAAUCUCUUGGCUUCAGAUGUUGCAGUGGGGAGCGCUCUAGUAGAUAUGUAUGCAAAAUGUGGAUCCCUAAGGCAUUCCAGGAGAGCAUUCAAUCAGAUGACCAAGCGCAACGCCAUUACCUGGAAUGUCCUUAUCAUGGCUUAUGGGAUGAAUGGGCUUGGAGUGGAGGCCCUCAGAUUGCUACAGGAAAUGGUGACCAGGGGAAACCAAGGUGACAAUGUUAAGCCAAACGAGGUGACCUUCAUUUCUGUGUUCGCCGCCUGCAGCCAUUCUGGGAUGGUUGCCGAAGGUCUGGAGAUUUUCCACAGAAUGAAGUCAGAUUAUGGGAUCCAACCUACACCUGAGCACUAUGCCUGUGUUGUAGAUUUGCUUGGUCGGGCGGGAAAAUUGGCCCAAGCAUAUGAUUUAAUCUGCUCAAUGGAAACAGGCCGAGCCCGUGCCGGUGCAUGGAGUAGUCUGCUCGGCGCAUGUCGUGUUCAUCGGAAUGUAGAGCUCGGUGAGAUUGCAGCCAGCCAUCUCCUUCAACUAGAGCCCCAUGUUGCCAGCCACUACGUAUUGCUCUCCAACAUCUAUGCAUCUGCUGGGCUUUGGGCCCAAGCAAUGGAAGUGAGGAGGAACAUGAAGGAAAUAGGAGUUAGAAAGGAGCCAGGGUGUAGCUGGAUAGAGGUUGGUGACGAGGUCCACCAGUUCAUGGUUGGCGACUUGUUGCACCCCAAGAAUGAGCAAGUCCAGCAGUACCUCGAGAGUUUAUGGGAGAGAAUGAGGAAAGAAGGGUACUUGCCCGACACAUCGUGCGUUCUCCAUGAUGUUGAUGACAGUCAGAAGGAGAUGCUCCUGUGUGGGCACAGUGAGAAGGUGGCCAUUGCAUUUGGCAUACUGAACUCUGCCCCAGGCUCUGUUAUCAGAGUCGCCAAGAACCUGAGGGUAUGCAAUGACUGCCAUGCUGCUGCCAAGUUCAUCUCGAAGAUUGUAGAGAGGGAGAUCGUCCUCAGGGAUGUCCGGAGAUUUCACCAUUUCAAGAAUGGAUCUUGCUCCUGUGGAGACUACUGGUGA